UCCGCAUAGAGGCGCUCAAUUCCCCCAAAUCCCCCAACCCCCCUUCUCGCCGGCGGUGCCUACUCCGAUCCCGGGCUGAGUUUCUCCGGCCACCGCCGCCCUCAUCCCCGUACCCAAGGAGGUUCCGGCGUCGAUGCGGACUCGCGUAUCCAGUCGCAGCCGCGGGCCACCACCACGCGCCUGCACUGCAUCUACUCAUCGUCGCCCGGCGGAAGCGAGCUUCACCGUGGCCAGGAGGCGUCGCGCGGACCGUCUCCUGCGCCGGCAGCCGCGGAAGCAGGCAGAUCCCGGCGAGGACCGUGUCAGCGCCCUCCCCGACGACCUCCUCCUCCUCGUCCUGCGUCGCCUCGACACCCGCGCGGCGCUCGGCGCCGGGCUGCUCUCCAAGCGCUGGGCUGGCCUCCCCCGCGAGCUCCCCGCCCUCGACCUCAGGGUCAGCGACGUACUCCCGCCGCGCUACCGGCGGUGGCUCCUCCGCUACCGUGACAUCUUCAGCAGCGGAACCUUUGUGAUGUACAGGCAUCGCCUCGCGCAUCACGAGUUCGUGCCCGGCAUGACGAGGUACGAGCGCCGCGCCAUGCGCGCCUUCACCAGCUCCGUCGAGGGCCUCCUGGCCGCCCGAGCUCGCCGGAGGGUCAGCAGCCUCAGGGUCGAGUUCUUCAUCACGCGCAACACCGGCUGCGUCAACCGGCUGAUUUCCCAGGCCAUGGAUGCUUGGGGUGUCAACGACCUCGAGGUCAUCGCCCGGCCGACAUUCCGGCAGCAGACCGUGCACGCCUUCCCUGGCCAUGGCCUCUGCUCCUCGCCCCGGUUGUCACGCCUGCAAAACCUCAAGCUUGGGGGCUGUGUCAUCCCGCAUCUGCUGCAUGAGUACCACGCGCUCACUAGGCUCGUCCUGCAAGACGUUGCCGAGUCACCCCCGGCCGCCUACGAGGGCGUCUUCGCCUCGUGCCCGCAGCUGCAGGUGGUGCACCUCAACUCCUGUCUCUGCGGCGGCAGGGACAUGGUCAUGGUUGUGGAUGCCCCCAGCUCGCAGAUCAGGGAGUUCGUCGUGGACAAGUGUGAAAUAGGAUCAAUAUGGUUGAGGGAUCUUCCCAAUCUGGAGCGUCUGGCCUCCCUGGGCACACACCUGUUCUUUGAGUCCGCCGCAUUCCCUUGCCUAAGGCAAUGGAGCCUCGCCCGCCGCCACGGUGUCUCCUUGGAUGGGUUUCGACAACACUUUCGGCAGCACCUGGAGCUUGACUUGUUUCUUGAAGACACCCCGGACAUUACCGACCUGAUCAUCCGGUUCACGGGGCCCGACAGAUGGAUCGUGCCAUCUAUCUCACCAUCCGUCUUAGUACCUAACCUGAGGCGGCUGUUGGUCGCCGAUGUGCCUUCGUCCUGGGACGUCUCUUGGCCCCGUCUUCUCUUUGAGACGGCGCCUUCCCUCGAGAGUUUUCACAUCCACAUUGCCUCUUGCAUGGAGGAGCCCACUCCCAGUGAAGAAAUACCCUGGUGUCCGACAAAGUUUCGGCAGCAUCGCUUGAAGGAGUUUGUGAUGGCUGGUUUUGAGGCAACAGAAAGGCAGAUUUACCUUGUCAAGUUUGUCAUGGCCGUAUGCACGGCGUUGCGUCAUGUCAGCAUGUUCAAGAAUGGGCAUGCUCGGGACAAGGGGCACUGGGAAUGGGAGAUGGUGACACAGCAACACUCAUGGACUGAGGAGGAAAAGGACGACACGCUCAAGCAGAUUAUGGGCACGGCAUCUUCAACGGCAGCUCCGGUUCAACUGGUUUUAGGCUGAUCAUCGUGUGUUUGUGCCUGUCUUAUGAUCCUCUCAUAAUGUAUUCCACAUCUCUGUUUUACUCGAUGUGAUUUAUAAUAUAUUACUCAAUAAUGUUUUUGUUUGUUUUUCUGUGCUAAGCAGUGUGUGUGCAUUUUUCAAUGGAACCCGAUCCAAUUUGUCUGCUGAAUUUUCCAUAUGUGCAGGCUUUUAUAGUAAUUUGUCUUGAAAAGAUUGAUUAUACGAGCUGUGACAAGGGAAAACGUCAUGGCAUAAUGCCUGUCGCUAUUUCCACGUCAUCCCCCAAAUUUGAAGUACCUUCACAAAAUCCUGCUUAUGACUAAACUACCCAUUUACUGUGAAAAAUGAAGAAGAAACUAGCCAGUGGCAAAAGCAUCAGGAGGCCAAAACAGCUAUGCUGUUUGGAUAUAUAAUCUGCUGCUAACUUUAUCUGUAUACUAGGUGGUUAGGCAGCUGUUACAUAUAUGUUCGUUUACUUUGUUUUGAAUAAAUAUUGUGUGUGUGUUUUUCUACUUUUCCAACUUAUGAUGCAUAUGGAGGUACUUUUGUGAUCACCUCGUGUUUUUUACUUUCUACAUAUAUGCGUGUUUGUUUGCUGUUGGUAACUUGAUACUAUAUGCACUAGUACGUAGCAUUUAUUUAAUCUGCUUAUUAUUAUGCGACCACCUCUCUUAAUGGUUAGUAAGUACUGUACUAAGCUGUAAGCCUGUUAUUCACAUGCAGUGUUCAACUCCGUUACGUAACCGCCUUCCUGCAGAGAGAGAGGGAGGGAGGGAGGGCAUGCCAGCGUGGCGUGGCGUGGCGUACUUGCAUAAGUACACCGCCUUCCUGCAGAGAGACUUGGUUCGUCCCCGGCAACG